GGUAGUUUAUGUUGAUUUAAUAAACAAAUGUGUUUUUCCUAUACAGUUACUUCAAAUAUUGAUAACCUCUUCGUCGUGCUAUGGUAGAAUCUAUAAAUAAUUUCAUGGUUAACCUUGUCGAAGGGAAAAGUUCAUGCAGAAGGCUGCCACACGGUCACAUGCAUUUGAAAACGAGAUGAGAAGUGUGGUCGCAUGUCACAAAUGGAAAGCUUGGUCUAUUGCAUUAGUGGAAUUACAAAAUUGAUAAGUUAAAGUGAUAAAUCCAUUAUACUUGCAUGUAGUAAGUGAACUUAGGUACUUGCUAAUCGGUGUGCUAAGCUGAAUGUUUAUUAACGAUGGCAACAAACAAUAGUUGUAUUAUUUCUGGCCCCAAAGAAAAAUUUAAGAUAUGGUUUGAAUCCCUAGGUAUAUAUCUGUAUAACUGCCUCAAAGACAGAAAAGCGGACGACGUUUUAGUGAUAGAUGCUGAUUCCAAAAUCCAAUUAACAUGUGGAGAUGCUCUGAGUAAAAGUGUCAAGCUCUGCAAAUUUCUAAAGUCUAUUCCACUACGAAAAGGAGAUGUCGUGGGAAUAGUCUCGGAGAACCUCCCAAAUACAUACGUGGCGCUCUUAGGAGCGUUGCUGGCAGGCACCACUGUGUUAUUAUUAAAUCCCAGCUACACUCGACGAGAACUCGUACACGCACUUGGCAUUGCAAAACCAAGCGUUAUACUCAGUUCGCUAACUGCGAUACCAAAUUUGUUGCAAGUCAAAAAUACAUCUUCGUUAACUUUUGACAUCAUAACGAUCGAUGGCUCUUGGGACAAGAACAAUUCACGGUUACCAAGCAUCGAUUAUUUGAUCGAAAACCUGAGCGAAGACUUUGAAAUCGACAAAGUCGAGAUACAAGACAUAGCUUUCCUCUUGCUGUCUUCUGGAACAACCGGUUUACCGAAAUGCGUCAAAAUUAGUAAUCAAAAUAUGAUCUUGGGAGUAAAUACAAUUAAUGAUUCGAGAUACUUAAACGUUGGACCGGAUGAUGUAGUCAUAUCAAUUUUGCCUUUUUUUCAUGUAUACGGGCUUUAUAUACAUUUGACACCAAUUGUUGCGUCCACGAAGGUAAUACUUAUGAAAAAAUUUAAACCGGACCUCUUUUUACAAUCAAUUCAAGACUAUAGAGUGACAAAAUUGAUAACUGUGCCCCCCAUAGUGCAUUUUCUACUGAAAAGUCCGGCGGUUAGUAAUUAUGACGUUUCAAGUAUCAACGACAUGCCAGUGGGUGCUGCUCCAUUGGGACAGGAUAUAUACGAAGAAUUUCUAAAGAGAUUUCCACAUGUUUCUAUUCGACAACUGUAUGGUCUCACUGAAACUAGUGGUAUAUGCACAAUCCAACAGAGUACAGGAGGCGGCGCAGAUGUGGGGACACCCUUAUGUAAUUCACAAUGCAAAGUGAUUGACUUAUGCUCGGAAAAACCCGUUAAAGCUUUACACGUUGGCGAAUUAUGCAUAAAGGGCAUAGGCGUUUCCAGUGGUUACUAUAAGGGGAAAACGGAAGCAGAUGUUCCCAUCGCUGAUGAUGACGGGUUCUAUCAUACCGGCGAUCUGGGAUACUAUGAUGAAGCAGGAAAGCUGUUUAUUGUGGAUAGACUUAAAGAAAUAAUUAAAUAUAAAUGUUACCAGGUAUCCCCUUCCGAACUGGAGGACGUUCUCUUAAGUCAUCCGGCUGUGAGGGAUUGUGGAGUUAUCGGCAUACCUGACGAACGAGCCGGAGAGUUGCCUCUGGCAUUCGUUGUUCGGCAAGAUGAUACAAAUAUUACCGAACAAGAAUUAGUCGAAUUUGUCGCUGAAAACCUAUCAAUUCACAAGCAUUUAUACGGAGGUGUGCGAUUUAUCGAAGAAAUACCAAGGACGAUAUCUGGAAAAAUUUUAAGAAAAGAACUUAAGAAAAUAUGUUAUUAAAAUGUAGGUUUUACUGUAAAAUUUAGCGUAAUAUAAAAAGAAGGGCGAGCAAGAAUUUCUUCCUGUU